AAAAAUCUUUGUCACUGUCUCGUAACCCGAUAAUAGCUUUCUGUCUGUCUCCUGGCCAAAUUUUACUCUGCUCUUUCUUAAAAACGUCCCCAAAACCCUGACCAUUUUAUAUUACCUUGUGAAACCCCAACAAUUUAUUAAAAACAAAAAACAAAAAAUAGAAAAACACCCUAAAUUUCUCAAAACCCUAUUUUUCUGUCAUAGAAAAUCUUUAUCUUCCCGCCUCCUAUGUCUCUUCAUUUUCAAAGUAAACUUUGUCUGUGAACAGAAGGGAAGAGAAGAGAAGUGAGAUGCUAAUAGUAAGUAGUGAUGCAGAAAUUGUUGCAGAAGAGCCCUUCAAGCCCACUCCUUUGCACUGGUGUUGUUAGCACUUGUUCUUCGAGUUUUAAGUUUUCCAAUUUUAGAGAUAAACCCACUUCAUAUUCUAACUUUCUCUCUAUUGGGUCUUCUUCUGUUAAACCCAAAACCCCCUUUUUCUCUUUUUCUCAUAAACCCUUUUCUUCUCUCUCAAUGCCGACGGCUGCACCUGUUUCUGGGGCCGUCGGCAACGGCGGUGCUGGUUCUUGUGUAGCUAGAAAGCCCAAUAUCAGACCCACGGUCACUUCAAGUGUGUGCCGCUGUGCAACUGAAAACAGAGGACUAAAAGUUCCGUUUCGGGCCUGGGUUGUGGCCCGGCCCGCCUGGUACCAUACCAAGACAGAAGCUGCAGCUGCUGCGGCGACGGAGGCGGCAGUUGAGGGGUUGAAGAGUUCAGAUGGUGGGGUGGAGGAGAAAGGAGGAAAAGCCGAGGAGAAGGGAACGGUGAGGGUGAAUAAUAGGAGGCAGAGAGGAGGAGGAGAAGUGAUAGAGAAUAAUGCAAAUGCAGAUUUGUUGACAAUUCCAGGAGUUGGUCCUAAGAAUUUGAGGAAGUUGGUGGAGAAAGGGUUUAGAGGGAUGGCUGAGCUUAAGCAGUUCUAUAAGGAUAAGUUUCUCGGGAAAGCUAAUGAGACGAUGGUUGAGUAUUUACAGAGUUCUGUAGGAAUUAUUCACCGAAAUCAUGCUGAGAGCAUUACAGUAUUCAUUAAAGAGAGUGUGGAUGAAGAGUUGAAAGAUGUAAGCACAGACGUCAAACCUUCACCUAAGGACCGAAUUACAUUUUGUGUUGAGGGAAAUAUUAGUGUUGGAAAGACAACAUUUCUUCAGAGAAUAGUUAGUGAUACAAUUGAACUACGUGACCUUGUUGAAGUGGUGCCAGAACCAAUUGAUAAGUGGCAGGAUAUUGGACCUGACCACUUCAAUAUACUGGAUGCUUUCUAUGCUGAUCCAAAUAGGUAUGCUUAUACCUUUCAGAAUUAUGUCUUUGUCACAAGGGUGAUGCAGGAGAGAGAGUCAUCUGCUGGAGUGAAGCCACUCAGGUUGAUGGAGAGGAGUGUUUUCAGUGACAGAAUGGUCUUUGUACGAGCUGUGCAUGAAGCAAAGUGGAUGAAUGAAAUGGAGAUCAGCAUCUAUGACUCAUGGUUUGAUCCAGUUGUGUCAGUUUUGCCUGGUCUCGUUCCUGAUGGUUUUAUCUAUCUUAGAGCCAGCCCUGAUACUUGCCACAAGAGAAUGAAGCUACGGAAGAGAGCAGAAGAAGGUGGAGUCAGCCUAGACUAUCUCCGUGACUUGCAUGAAAAGCACGAGAGCUGGCUUUUCCCUUUCCAAACUGGUAAUCAUGGAGUAUUAUCUAUCAGUAAACUGCCCGAUCAACUGGAUAACUCUGUGCAUCCUGAUAUAAGAGAUCGUGUGUUUUGUUUGGACGGGGAUCAUAUGCAUUCAAGUAUUCAAAAGGUGCCUGCAUUGGUUCUUGACUGUGAAGCCAAUAUUGAUUUCAGCAGAGAUAUUGAAGCAAAGGAGCACUAUGCCCGCCAAGUUGCGGAGUUCUUUAAAUAUGUGAAGAGUAGGAAAGAAGUUGGAUCACCAAUAGCUGGUGAAGGCGGUUUUAUGAGCAACCGACAGGUCUUGCUACCUCACAAAGGUGGAUUAUUUUUACCAAACAAAAAUCACUUCCCUGAUUCGGCGCUCAAGUCUUUAGAAUUUAGACGAGCAAUGUCAUUCAUGUCUGGUCAGUAGUUGUUUCCUGGCCUCCUUUUUCAACUCCAGGUCUGUGUAAAGAGUUUUGUGUCUGACAUGGUCUCUGGUUGAUGUGUUUAGUUCCCCAGUUCAUGUAAAAAUGUUAACCCCCUAGGCUUUAGUGAUGUAGAAAUGUUUGUAUGGUUGAAUGCUUUGACAGUCUAAUGUUUGGUGAUGCUCCCUUUCUGCUUAAAUGGUUUAGAUUGCAAGGUAUAGUAGUGGAAUUACAAUGCUCUUUCUUCA